CUCUACGCGUGCCCUCUCUCUUCGGAAGGCACCCAUCGGACUGGGAUUAUCAAGAUGCCUCGCCGCAAAGUCUUCGACAAGAAAACGGCCACCACCUUCGCCCUCCUUCACCGCGCUCAGAAUGACCCGCUUAUCAACGACGAAAAUGCGCCUUCGAUGGUGUUCGCCGAAAAGCAGGCCCGUCGACCAACAGAGGAUGACUACGCAUAUUCAUCCGCUGGCUCCGUAGUUUCAAGCUCCUCGCGGUCUAAGAAGACGCGCCAACGAGGCGACUUGGAGGAGGAGUUUGGGUUCAGCUUCAAGCCAAAUGAGGGUGAAGCGGCACAACAUGGCGUCUUCUUCGACGACACUGAAUAUGACUACAUGCAACAUAUGCGGGAUCUAGGCUCAGGUCAGGGAGCCGUGACGUGGGUUGAGGCUUCCACACCCGCGCCGAAAGGGAAGGGUAAGCAGAGGCUGGAGGAUGCGCUGCGAGACAUGGAUCUGGGUGGUGAGCGUAGUGUGGCAGGUGAGAGCACAGCGAGUAGUGUUGCUCGGAGCCUGCUGCCGGAGGAGGUGCUUCCGAGUGAGUUUGUGCGCAGGCGGACGUAUCAGGAUCAGCAGGAUGUGCCGGACGAGAUUGCUGGCUUUCAGCCUGAUAUGGACCCUCGACUGCGCGAGGUACUGGAGGCGCUGGAGGAUGAGGAGUAUGUGGACGAUGAAGAGGAUGUGUUCGCGGAGUUGACGAGGGACGCUUACGAGGUGCAGAGGGACGAGUGGGAACGGCUGGGCGAGCAGCAAACAUUCGAGGACGGUGAUGCAGAGCUUGAUGAUGAAGGAUGGGAGAGUGAUCACACAUUACGAGCGGCCAGCCCGCCCCCACCUAUCUCUCCGCAAGUUUCGGAAGGCGAGAUUGCAGCGCCGCCAGAAGACGUGCAAGCCGAACCGCCAGCCGAUCCCACGGCAGGCGCGUGGCAGGACGAGUUCGCGAAGUUCAAGCAAAACUCUAAAGCUGGCAGGCCCACCACGAGAGACAUAGCACCACUCGUGGCACCUUCGGCUCUCGAAUCGUCAGCCCUUUCCUCCUUAGCAAGCGGUCGCCGCAAAAAGCGCAAAGGCGCCAAGACCUCGACCACGAACUAUUCAAUGACGUCUUCCGCUCUUGCGCGAACAGAUCAGCAGACUCUACUCGACGCGCGCUUCGACAGAGUGCUUGAGAACGAGGACAUGCUGGACGAAAUUGCAGAAGAGGCGUCGCUACCUGACACCACCUCUCUCGCUUCCGGCAUGACAGGCAUGUCCAAAGCAAGCGCAGUAAGCAGGUACAGCAACCUCUCCCGCCAGAGCGGGGCGUCAGGUAUGUCACGGAUGUCGAGCUAUAGCCGCGCCACCGAUUCCGAGGCGCCGCAGCUGAUCCGCGCGGACUUCGAUCGCAUGAUGGAUGAUUUUCUGGGUGGGUACGGAAAGGUGGGGAAGGCAGGGGGUAGGGUGAAGAGGGGUGGGCAGCAGAGUGGGAUGGAGCAGCUGGAGGAGAUCAGGAAGGGGCUGGGGCCGGCGAGGGUGAGGACGAAGGUUGCUGGGGCGUCUUGAGGGUGGUGUAUGCUCGAGCUUUCGUGUAAAUGGCGUUGGAGUUGUUGCUAGCCUUUGAGAUACCCAUAGUACAGUCGGUAGUCGGCCUGUCUAGCGCAGAUCAAGAGUUGAAUAUGCGUGAGUAGAGCAACUCAUGCCUUCCCAUCCACAGAUCCAUCACCGGCACUGAGACCGCUGCGUCUUCGGCUUUUCGCCUGCCCU